AAAAAGAAUUAAACAAAUACAAAAUGAGCAAGCUCCUGACCUCCGCUGACAUUGAGGAUGGCAAAAUUGAGUAUGACAGGGCCACCGGUGCUAGCACCCAGUAUAAACUGAUCGAUGGCGGCUAUGAGAUGAUCACCACGACGCCGCAGCCGAACGGCACGGUCAAGACCCAGGUGAAAACUUUCUGGGACCCGAAGCCCGUUAGCGAAGCGGACUUGGCCAAGGAGCAGGCCAACAAGAAGAUCAUCAAGCAGCGCCUGGGCAAGGAGAUACGCAUCGAUGAGAAGACCACCAUGUUGACUCGCGCCAUUGAGGGUGGCUACGAGGAGGUCUACACCACCAUCAAUGACGAUGGCACGCGCAGCAUGCGCACCAAGACCUUCUACGAUUCCGUGCCCACGGAAAUCAAUGAGAACACCACCACCAAGGUCAACAAGACCAAGAAGAAUGUCACCCGCAAGUCGUCGGUGGAUUCGACCGACUCGACCGAAUCUUCGUCGCGCCGCGUUGUGCAGAAGGUGCAGAAGAAUGUCAACGACAAGCAGUCCAACUAUCGCGAGGACACCACCAUCGAGGAGACGCGCCGUGUUAGCCAGAACAUUGAGAUCACCGAGAAUAAUCGCACCGUGCGCAAGAAUUCGCUGCAGGAGCAGAGCAUCAAGGCCGUCACCCAGAGCACCGGUGAUGCCAGCAAGAAGAAGAAGAAGCCCAAGUCAUCGGCGCCACCACCACCGGCCGACUUUGUGCAGAACGACACCACAACCGUGGCCUCGAAGCGUGUGCCCGGCGGCGUUGAGUACACCUACUCGACGGAAUUGGAGUCGGGCAAGACGAUCACCACCUCGAAGACCGUUUACGAGGAGGAGGAAGUCGAGCUAACCGAGGAGGAGAUCAAGCAGUAUAAGAAGACCUUGAAGGAUGCCGAAAAGCACAAGAACGUGACCAGCACCAAGAAGCUCAAGUCCGAGUCGGGCACCAAGAAGAUUGUGCCCUCCGAGAAUCCCGGUGAUGUGACCACCGUUGAGACCAUCAAGAUCGAGGGCGGCACCGAGUAUCACUACACAACUGUGACCUCUGAGGGCAUUGUGAAGAAGGCAGUGAAGACUGUGUUCGAUCCGGUGCCCAGCAGCAAAUCGAAUCCCGACGACACCGACGAGGAGGAGAUCAUUGAGGAAUACGAGGAAGAGAUCAUUGAACCCGGCGAGAAGACGGUCAAAACAAUUGAGACUGUGAAGCAGUUGCCUCACAAGUUCGAAGAGGAAGUGACCAUCACCCAUGAGAAGAAGGAGAAGAAGGUAAAGAAGUCCAUGAUCAUCAGCCAGUAGAGCGCGCACGGCACAACCAACACACAGACACCCCCACUCAGACACAAACAGACUCACACACACACACACUACUACACGCGCUAGCUUUUGUAUUCGUUGACAUUUGAAAAGUAUCUCUUUGACCUAUAAGUUUGGAAAUUAUUGGUACCCCUAAUAUGUAUUUCAGCGCCCAGUUCAGAGAGCUGUCGCUGGUCUUUGUACGCUUCUCGUAAGCUUUGUUAUUAAUUAUUUUG